GUCGCAAUCAUAGACUGUAAAAAAAAAAAAAAAAACAGAUCGAAACAAGGUGUCCAGGUGAAACUAGGGAUAUGCAUUUCUUUCUUUUUUAAAAUCUGUUUUCUUUUUUUUUUAAGGAAUGGCGAUUUUGUUAUUGUUCUUUUGGGUUUUAUCCCACCAUGCAGGUUUUUUUAGUGCUGCUAUUGUCAGAGUAUCAGUGCUGGAGGGAGAUGUAGUCACAUUACACACUUAUGUUGAAACAAACCAACAAUAUAUUAUAUGGUAUUUUAACGACAUUCGAAUAGCUAAACUCAAUGGAGAUCUCCGUAAGAUCUGUACAGAUGUUGAGUGUAAUGAAGGGACUGAGAGAUUCAGAGACAGACUCGGGCUGGAUCAUCAGACUGGAUCUCUGACCAUCACAGACAUCAGAACCACAGACUCUGGACUCUAUCAACUACAGAUCAUCAGCAGCAACAGCAUCAGUAAAAAGAUCUUCAAUGUUACUGUUUACAGUGUUACUGCUUCUGAACAAGAUGAAAAGUCAGUGAAGGAGGGAGAAUCUGUCACUUUAGAUCCUGGUCUAGUAAGACAACCAAAUGAGGUGAUGACAUGGUAUUAUAAAGACAUCCCCAUCGCUGAAAUCACUGGAUAUCUGAGUAAUGUCUGUAAAGGUGAGUGUACAGAGAGAUUCAGAGACAGACUGAAGCUGGAUCUUCAGACUGGAUCUCUGAUCAUCACAGACAUCAGAACCACAGACUCUGGAGUCUAUAAACUGGAGAUCAACAGAAAUGCUCGUCGCAGUAGCAGUGCUUCCUGUGUGAAGAGCUUUGGUGUUAACGUUGCUGUUAAUGUUCCAGAUUCAAGUCGGUCUUCAGCUGCAACUGCAGGAAUAGCUGUUACUGUCAUUCUGCUUUUAGCUGCGUGUGCUGCUGUUGUAAUUUACUAUCGCAACGAUCAAGAGAAAAGAGAAGACAACAGGAUGCAGAACAUUGGUCAGGUGAAUCAGAAUGAUGCUCCAGUGAAUAAAGAGUCCUUACUGUAGGAGACUGCGACAUACUGUUGAACACUACUGAUGGGACAGGGACAUCCUUAAAUCAGACUGAGUCUUAUUAUCAACUGAAAGUUUUGACCUAAAUAUGUUUUUCAGUUAAAAUGAUUAAUCCUAAAAUAAACAUUAGUAACCUACAUUUUGUAACAUCGGUUGCUUGCACACUCACAAGAUCUCCCGGUUCUCACUUGUGAAUUAAUUAAUUUUCCACUGGUUGAAACUCACAACACUCACAGAAAAAUAGUGUUAUGAUACCAAAUUUUCCCUAUUCGGUAGACCGGUCAAAUUUCAACACACUAUUUUACACAUCAAUACCACCACAGUAAAAUAAUUAUUGUUCAUUAUUAGUCAUUUAUAUGAUAAAAAGUUUUGCCCAUAUAUUUUUUUAAUUAUAGUAACAUUUCUUCUCCUUUAGAAUUCUACUGAACUGAGUCUGUUCUACUGAUACUGUAGGUGUUGUUACUGGUAUCAUUGCUGUUACUGGAUAACACUGCUAUUGUUACAUUACAAAUGAACCUAUAGCCCAGGGAUCCUCAAAUCUGGGCCUUGAGGUCCACUUUCCUGCCGAGUUUGGCUCUAACCUUAAUCAAACACACCUGAGCAUGCUAAUAAAUGUCUUUGGGAUUAUUAGAAAAAUCACAGGCAGGUGGCUUUAAUCAGGGUUGGAGCCAAACUCUGCAGUGCAUUGGACCUCCAGGGCAAGAUUUGAAGAAGGGGGCUUGCUAUAGGCCUUUAACUAUUUGAACCAGCAAAUGUGCCUUCGUCAACCAUCUUGGUCAAGAAAAAAAAAAAAGAUGACGAACAGAAUGUUUUUUUUUUUUUUUAUAGCUAUAGGAGCUAUACACCGGCAUUAACCAUCUUGUUGAUUUAUUGUAUAGACGCUGAAACACUGAAAUGUUUUUUUUUUUUAACAUUUAACAUGUUCCAUGUCUCUACCUGUAUGCACAGAUACAUCUGUACAUCUGUGUUAAAUGUUGUUACUCUUGUAUUCAGCUGAUAAUACUUCAUGCACUUUUGUGUUUGUUUUUCGUGUUUCUUGACAAAGUCUGCUUUAAUUGUGUCAUUAUGUGCAGGUGUGUCUUGUCAUUAACAUUUACUCACCCAUAUAAGUUCAGUGUGUAUUUGUCUACAAAUAUGUAGAACAUUAGUCAAACAGAACAAAAACAUUUUUGAUGUUUUAGUGUUAAUCAGUUUAUUUUUGCUGCAAUUUUUUUUUUCUCAUUUAUACAUUUCAUGUGAGGAGGAUGAAAACUGUGUGGGUGUUACAUAGAGACACAUUCUUGUAUUAUUGUUAUGCUGUGUUUAUCGAUGUUUUCAUUUGUUAGUAUUAUUAAUGGUAACCCUAUUUUAAAGAUCAUACAUUAGACAGUACUGAAUGAUUAAUAACUUAAUUUCUGUUUUAUUUUUAUCUUGCAGUGCUUUAUUGCUUGUUUCUGAGCUAACACAACUAAUUAGCCAAGAAUAAAACAUUUGUGCAAUUGAA